GAGGGGGAUAUGGCGAAGACAAGUUCCCAACCGUUCAACUCCUCUACGCGUCAACCUUUCUGAUCCGUGAUUUCUGAUGACUGCUCACGAAGGAUUAGUGGGCGACUAUGCGCUAAAAUUGAUAAGGUUAUCCCUGUUAUUCUAAUCCCAUUCCACCAAUCCAAUCUAUUCAGGAUGACAAAGAUGCCUGCAUGCCUGCCUGUUGUUAAUCAAGGCCAGGGAACCACCAACCAGUAAAUUCAUUGACAGUAGUUGAGGCCAUAAACUACUGAAUUACGCAACAGUCAUUGGUGUGGUAAGUCAAAGACAUAUUGGGAACAAACCCCAGGCACUAGGACCCAGUGCACGUGAGAGCGCGCUUCUGCUGCCAGAAGGUGGAGUGGUGGAGACGACGAGACGGGAGGGAACAAUGAAAGAGCUGGCUGGUAGUGCUAAGCAGCACAGAGAUUGGAACAGCUGUGAAAAGGAGAGCGAAAAGCAACAAUAGCACUCUGAUUCAAAGAGGACACAUGGAGAAACGGUGAAUAGGUGCAGAUAGAGAGUCUGGUCAUUUUCCACGCAGGCUGAAAAGUAUGCUGCAAAUGAAUGGAUUUGGUGUGGUGUUGAAUUGGGUCAUGCAGACCCCAAGAAGAGCGAAAGAUAAACACAUACCCGCCUCUAGUUGCCUCGCAGGUUGAGGGUGGAUGUGCGCUUUCAAGAGACAAACGGGCAAUCUUACCGACCAUUCGCAAAACCAUAGAAGAUAACGGAGUCAAUUCUCCAUUGGCACCGAAUAACCCUAAAUAGAAGAGCGCCUUUACGCACGGAACCAAACAGAGAAUUAUUACCAACACAGAGGAGAAAACAAGACACAAAGACGGACCUGAAGUCAGUUCACACUAUAGGCUAUUCAUUUUUCAGACAAGAGAACCCUGCAUAGUUGAAACAAAAACACAACUGCAGUUUAAAAAUAAAACUUUCAUAUAUGGACUCAUUCGUUGAUGUUGAAAUAUGAUUAAUUUAAUUUAAAAUAGAAUAGUUAAAAAAAACAGGAGAUCUCUUCGGUUUAUUGCCACCAAAACCCCGGUGAAUCAACCGGUCAGUUGAAGAGCGCAGGGGCUCCUCGCGCUGCGCAAAUGCAGGACCAUGGAGGAGACAGACAGGUCGCCAGCAGUGUGCCCCACAGCGUCAAGGCGAGCCUGUCUCUGUCUCCGUCGGGGCCAGGCCAGGUGGGCAGCGGCAGGGGCUCUCCCACCUCCAAGGUGGGCUACUGCGGUGGUGGCGGUGUGCCUGUGGAGGACAUGCAGGCUCUGGCCAUAACCUCCCUGUCGGCUGCAGAUGUGGCCAAACACUACGAGCACAUUCGCAAGCUGGGCAAGGGCACCUACGGCAAGGUGGACCUGGUGGCACACCGCACACAGGGCACCAAAAUGGCUCUGAAGUUUGUGACAAAGAGCAAGACGAAGCUGAAGAGCUUCCUGAGGGAGUACAGCCUGACGGGCACACUGAGCUGCAGCCCCUUCAUCAUCAAAGUCCUGGAUGUACUCUUCGAGACCGAGGAUAGCUACGUCUUCGGACAGGAGUACGCCCCCGCGGGAGACCUGUUCGACAUCAUUCCCCCCCAGGUUGGUCUUCCGGAGGAGAUGGUGAAGCGCUGUAUGCAGCAGCUGGGUCUGGCCCUGGACUUCAUGCACAGCAAGAAUCUUGUGCACCGUGACGUCAAGCCCGAGAACGUGCUCCUCUUCGACCGCGAGUGCAGACGCAUCAAGCUGGCUGACUUCGGCAUGACACGGCGCGUGGGCUGUCGCGUGAAGCGCGUGAGUGGCACCAUCCCGUACACGGCGCCAGAGGUGUGCCGCGCCAGUCGUGCCGAAGGCUUCCUGGUGACCACCAGUCUAGACGUGUGGGCCUUCGGUGUGCUCGUCUUCUGCAUGCUGACGGGUAACUUCCCUUGGGAGGCAGCGCUGCCCGCCGAUGCCUUCUACGAGGAAUUCCGCCGCUGGCAGCGAGCAGGGUGCCCAACGGCGGCCUACCCGUCCCAGUGGCGCCGCUUCACUGAUGACGCCCUACGCAUGUUCCAGCGGUUGCUCGCCGCCGAGCCAGAGAAGCGCUGCGGCGUGAAGGACGUCUUCUGCUUUGUCAAGUACGAACUGGUCAGCGAGCUCCGACGCCGCGCCUCCUGCCGGGCCAAGAGAGGCGAGAGGUCCAGUUCGUCUGGCGUAUGCUCCGCAAGCUGUACCUCCAACUCCUCUUCGUCUUCCUCCUCAUCACGCUCCCACAGACACCCAGAGCCUUCCACCCCCCCUGGGACGACCUCACUCCUGCGCCCAGCGCCCCUGAAGAGGAGUGUCCUCUCUGACACCCAUUCCCCUCAGGAGGAGUCUCCUGGCCAGCACCACUCUUCUCCGGGCCGGGAGAAGACCAAGAGCCAGAUGGUGAUGGCUACUGCCAUAGAGAUCUGUGUCUGAGAAUGAGGGGAUGAGCAGCAGUGUUUGUGGCUGUUGCCACAGCGAUCGGAAGCUGUGCAAAGUAAUAGCGACUGCCAUUGAGACUGGAGUGAAACGAUGACAUAUUACAACGCUGCCGAGAAGAACCCCAAUGUCAAAAUCCUGACUGUGCCACAGAAAUUGGUGUCAUCACUCACAACAGCGUACUAUAGGACGAGUCAUCACUAGAGCAUGCGUUUGUCAUUUUGAUUUGUGACCUAAGAGUUGGAGAAGCAACAUUCAAGAGUCCACUGACUGUCACCGUUUCUCACAGCAACUCGUUCUGCUGUUCAGCCAUUUUGCUUCUGAGCCCACACAGUAAGACUGCUAAUGAUGCUAACGAAAGAAACAACGCUAGCCAUUUCUAAACAAGGAGUUUGGUAAAAACACGCAAUGCUCUGAUGUCACAUCUAUUCUCUCCUUUCUCCCUCCUUUCUCAAUUUUUUGUCUUUCUUCCUCCACUUCUCUCUCUCAAUGAAUACAUUUAACCUGGGGAGGCCGAAACGUUAGCUGGUCAGGUGACUUUCUUUAGAAAACUAGCUGAUCUGAGGGCCAGUAAUCCAAUAGGGAAAACUGAUCUUCUAGCUGACAUAUCGCUGAACCAAUGGGAUCUCACAGAUUUUCUGAACAUUUCUAAAGUGUGAAAAUGGCUAUGGACAAUAGGGGAGAAGGAUCGUUUUUCAAAAGAAGAAAAUAUGUGAAAGUGACUCUCCAAUGGAGCAGUUACUAUGACGACAGGACAUUGCUCAUCUAGACUGUCUGGACUGAGAUAGGACCUUGCUGUCAGACAUCGGGAGAUUCUAAUUUGGGUAAAAGUUUGUCCUCUCCUCGACUCCUCCGUCUCUUCUCUCCAUGAUCCGAAAACCGAUAAGUGUUCGAGUGGUGGAGGAGAGUGUCAAUUCGUUAGUAGGCGAACGAAGGAGCCUGCUCACCUCCUCGAUUACCUACUUCUGCAGAGGAAGCACAGGAGUAUCCUCGUGGUGGCAAGCGCCGAAGUAUUUUAAUACCUGCCCCUUUGAAUCAGCUGUUGUUUUCUUGAAGGUGAAAAGCAUGCAAACAUUUAAAAACGAUAUGCUACUUAUCCUUUUAUCUAUAAAAUGUCUUGCACAACUAUCUAAAUUCGUUUUUAAUCACUUCAAACAUUUAUUUUGGGGAUUCCACCCAUGGAUAUAUAACAUAUAUCUCUAUGAUUCCACCCUUGUAAACAUAAUUUGCCUAAUAUUGCGCGAGUGGAGAAAGAGUCUUGUUUCAUAUAUAGUAAGCGAGAGAGGGAGGACGCAGGAGAGAGGACACAGAAGUUGAGCAAAUCCAAAUGAGAUUCCCCCAUUAUCUCAGGACAUCUUAGUGGGUCACCUCCUGUCUCACAAUGACUUCCUUAUUAGGACACAUUUCAUACAGUAACAGUGUGCUCAUUGGUUCAUACAGGCACAGGUAUCUUCAGGUGUGAAAAUAAAUUAUUUAUUAUAUUGACAUUCAAAUGCUUGGAAGCUGUUAUAGAAUAGAGUCCAGCGAUUGCUUAUUUUAUACCCGCUAUUUGUGUGUGGGACUGUGGGUGUGUAUGUAUAUGGGUGUAUAUGUGUGUGUUUGAACAACUAAAUCACACGCUCUUCGUAAUGGGGGAGAAAUGUUAAAAGGAAAAAUUGACUUUAUACUGUAAAUAUUUCAUAUGUGAAGUGGUACACUGUAUCAUCGUCAGGUAGUUCAACCAUGUAGCUUUACUAAUUUAGUUUUACUACUGGGAGGGGUUACAGGAUUUUAUGUUCUUUUUAGAGCAAUGCACUGUAUGUAGCAAAGGAAUAUGGCAAAGUAUGUACAGUAUAGGAAAGCUAUAAAAAGAUAAUGCUCUGUAUAGUGGUGAAUCAUGGUGCAGAAACCCGGGACGAUAUUUGGUGGACAGUAGCAGCCUUUAGAGUGUGGGAGGGAUCGGACCAGGGCCCAUUGGAAUAGUACUGUUUAACACUGGUAAUGUCUCUCCCCGAGCACAUUCUGAACACCGUGACCCCAUCAUGACUUGAGCACAUCUUGACCAUCAAUAGUCCCCUUCGCCUUACUCACAACUCAAUUCAAUCAAGUACUUUACUGAAUUACUGCUUUUCUGUAUUACUGCACACAUACAUACUGCAUAACAUUACCAAAGCAAUUCCAACACAAGUGUUCAAAGAUCCCAUGUUCACUCCAGGCUCCACAAAUCCCCAGCCACCCAAUUUUCCUACUCUCUGUCCUUCACCUUUUUCUCCUUUCUCUCUCGCUCACUCAUUCGUCCCUCUCAUCUGCCUGUCUUUCUCCUGCGAAUGAGUCUCUGAGCCAUGUUGUGUUGUCUGGUGGGAUGAUCUCUCUCUCCCAUUUGGUAUGCUGUGGGCUGAUGAUCAAUAGAGGCCGUUGCAUGGCGAGAGUCUCAUCUCACGGGGGAAAAAAAGAAAAUGAGUUACAUAAGUGCAAAGGACGUCACGCUGCUUGCUUAGUGAGCACAACUUCCUCCUUAAACCCAGGACCUCUGCACACGUGACCGCUCUCCUGGAGCGUCUUACCCGUCAGCGCCACGCAAAAAGCUAGCUAUUUGCUGGCGCAAGUGGGGACACUACAGGCUGAGGAGUAAUACCCCGACUACACCGCUCGCGUUCGCGUGCACAAAGUGUUGCAAAAUAAAUUUUGAAAUCUAUAUUAUUCAAACAUUGCACCCACAACUGCUCGCGUGCGCCAACAAGCAUCUGCGCUGCCAAGGGCUAAAAUAGAAGUCAGUUCUAUUUGUUACGCAGAUCGCGCUGCAAGUCUGGUGUGAGGGGGGAAGGGGGAUGGAGGAUGGAGCACGCACGCAGCCGGUUUGGGUUCCGUGUAAGCUUCACACGUCCACAUGUGCUCGAUAAGCAUCUAAAAAGCACUCUGUAUGCUGCUUUAUCGAGCAUUCAUCUCUAUUUAUCUGCUAAGCUGCCGCUACUGUCAUGUCUUACAGGUGUGUGUUUGUGUGUGUAUAUGUUUGUUUGUUAGUGAGUCUCACCCUUCCCUUCCCUUCCUUUCAAUGAUGACAGACCAUCAUCCCUGUUGCUAUAGUGACAGUCAGUGUUUUUCUGGUUAGUUUCUCAGCUCCUGUCCACUCCCAAAACAUCAAACAUAAUUGACUUGUCUGGUUGUUCUGCAACAACACCUCCCUAGUAUGAAUAACAACACCACCCUGCUAGCCAUGAGUUCUCAUGACAAUUUCCGUCUUCACAUGUAUGUAUGUAUGUAUGUUAUAUAUAUAUGCCAUUUAGCAGACGCUUUUAUCCAAGGCGACUUACAGUCAUGUGUGCAUACAUUCUACUUAUGGGUGGUCCCGGGAAUCGAACCCACUACCCUGGCGUUACAAGCGCCAUGCUCUACCAACUGAGCUACAGAAGGACAUAUGUAUGUAUGUAUGUAUGUAUGUAUGUAUGUAUGUAUGUAUGUAUGUAUGUAUGUAUGUAUGUAUGUAUGUAUGUAUGUAUGUAUGUAUGUAUGUAUGUAUGUAUGUAUGUAUGUAUGUAUGUAUGUAUGUAUGUAUGUAUGUAUGUAUGUAUGUAUGUAUGUAUGUAUGUAUGUAUGUAUGUAUGUAUGUAUGUAUAGUUUGGACACACCUGCUCAUUCAAGGGUUUUUCUUUAUUUAUACUAUUUUCUACAUUGUAGAAUAAUAGUGAAGACAUCAAAACUAUGAAAUAGCACAUAUGGAAUCAUGUAGUAACCAAGAAAGUGUUACAUUUGAAAAAGUGUUUAGAUUCUUCAAAGUAGCCAACCUUUGCCUUGAUGACAGCUUUGCACACUCUUGGCAGUCUCUCAACCAGCUUCACCUGGAAUGCUUUUCCAACAGUCUUAAAGGAGUUCCAACAUAUGCUGAGCACUUGUGACCUGCUUUUCCUUCACUCUUCGGUCCAACUCAUCCCAAACCAGCUCAAUUGGGUUGAGGUUGGGUGAUCGUAGAGGCCAGGUAAUCUGAUGCAGCACUCCAUCACUCUCCUUCUUGGUCAAAUAGCCCUUACACAGGAGGUGUGUUGGGUCAUUGUCCCUUUGAAAAACAAAUGAUAGUCCCACGAAGCGCAAGCCAGAUGGGAUGGCGUAUUGCUGCAGAAUGCUGUGGUAGCCAUGCUGGUUAAGUGUGCCUUGUCUGUGAUUUAUUUAGAAUUCAGUGUCACCAGCAAAGCACCCCGACACCAUCACAGCUCCUCAUGCUUCACUGUGGGAACCAUGUGGCGAUCAUCCGUUCACAUACUCUCACAAAGACAUGGCGGUUGGAACCAAAAAUCUCAAAUUUGGACUCAUUAGACCAAAGAACAAAUUUCCACCGGUCUGAUGUGCAUUGCUCGUGUUUCUUGGCAGGAAGUCUCUUCUUCUUAUUGGUGUGCUUUAGUAGUGGUUUCUUUGCAGCAAUUUGACCAUGAAAGCCUGAUUCACGCAGUCUCCUCUGAACAGUUGAUGUUGAGAUGUCUGUUACUUGUGAAGCAUUGAUCUGUACUGCAAUUUCUGAGGCUGGUAAUGAACUUAUCCUUUGCAGCAGAGGGAACUCUGGGUCUUCCUUUCCUGUGGUGGUCCUCGUGAGAGACAGUUUCAUCAUAGCGCUUGAUGGUUUUUGCACUGCACUUGAAGAAACUUUAAAAGUUCUUGAAAUGUUCCGUAUUGACUGACCUUCAUGUCUUAAAGUAAUAAUGGCGUGUUGUUUCUCUUUGCUUAUUUGAACUGUUCUUGCCAUAAUAUGGACUUGGUCUUUUACCAAAUAGGGCUAUCUUCUGUAUACCAACCCAUACUUUGUCACAACACAACUGAUUGGCUCAAAUGCAAUAAGAAGGAAAAAAAUUCCACAAAUGGACUUUUAACAAGGCAUACCUAUAAUUGAAAUGCAUUCCAGGUGACUACCUCAUGAAGCUGGUUGAGAGAAUGCCAAGAGUGUGCGAAGCUGUCAUCAAGGAAAAGUGUGGCUACUUUGAAGAAUCACAAAUAAUAAAAUAUAUUUUCAUUUGUUUAACAGUUUUUUGGUUACUACAAGAUUCUAUAUGUGUUAUUUCAUCGUUUUGAUGUCUUCACUAUUAUUCUGCAUUGUAGAAAAGCCAUAGCAUACAUUUCAACAUUUCAAAGUUUUUCACAAUUCCUGACAUUUAAUCCUUGUAAAAAUUCCCUGUCUUAGGUCAGUUAGGAUCACCACUUUAUUUUAAGAUUGUGAUAUGUCAGAAUAAUAAGAGAGAGAAUGAUUUAUUUCAGCUUUUGUUACUUUCAUCACAUUCCCAGUGGGUCAGAAGUUUACAUACACUCAAUUAGUAUUUGGUAGCAUUGCCUUUACAUUGUUUAAAUUGGGUCAAACUUUUCGGGUAUCCUUCGGGCUUUGUGAUGGCCUCUCCAACACCUUGACUUUGUUGUCCUUAAGCCAUUUUGCCACAGCUUUGGAAGUAUGCUUGGGGUCAUUGUCCAUUUGGAAGAACCAAUUGCGACCAAUCUUUAACUUCCUGACUGAUGUCUUGAGAUGCUUCAAUAUAUUCACAUAAUUUUCCCUCCUUUUCCGCCAUCUAUUUUGUGAAGUGCACCAGUCCCUCCUGCAACAAAGCACAUCGUGAUUCACCGUUGGGAUGGUGUUCUUUGGCUUGCAAGCCUCGCACCUUUUCUUCCAAACAUAACAAUGGUUAUUAUGGCCAAACAGUUAUCUGGAAUUUUCCAAGCUGUUUAAAAGCACAGUCAACUUAGUGCAUGUAAACUUCUGACCCACUGGAAUUGUGACACAGUGAAUUGUAAGUGAAAUAAUCUGUUUGUAAACAAUUGUUGGAAAAUUACUUGUAUCAUGCACAAAGUAGAUGUCCUAACCGACUUGCCAGAACUACAGUUUGUUGAUAAGAAAUUUGUGGAGUGGUUGAAAAACUACUAAUGACUCCAACCUAAGUGUAUGUAAACUUCCGACUUCAACUGAAAAUAUAUAUAUAUUUAUAUAUAUAUUCAGCAAAAAAAGAAACGUCCUCUCACUGUCAAUUGCGUUCUUUUUUUUGCAAACUUAACGUUUAAAUAUUUGCAAGAACUUAACAUGAUUCAACAACUGAGACAUAAAUUGAACUAGUUCCAAAGACAUGUGACUGACAGAAAUGGAAUAAUGUGUUCCUGAAAAAGGAGGGGUCAAAAUCAAAAGUAAGUCAGUAUCUGGUGUGGCCACCAUAUGCAUUAAGUACUGCAGUGCAUCUCCUCAUGGACUGCACCAGACUGCCAGUUCUUGCUGUGAGAUGUUACCCCACUCUUCCACCAAGGCACCUGCAAGUUCCCAGACAUUUCUGGGGGGGAUUGGCCCUAGUCGACAUCCUCCGAUCAACAGGUCCCAGAUGUGCUCAUUGGGAUUGAGAUCCAGGCUGUUCGCUGGCCAUGGCAGAACAUUUAAAAUUUCUGUCUAGCAGGAAAUCACGCACAGAAUGAGCAGUAUGGUUGGUGGCAUUGUCAUGCCGGAGGGUCAUGUCAGGAUUAGCCUGCAGGAAGGGUACCACAUGAGAAAGGAGGAUGUCAUCCUUGUAACGCACAGCUUUGAGAUUGCCUGCAAUGAUAACAUGCUCAGUCCGAUGAUGCUGUGACACACCGCCGCCCCAGACCAUGACAGACCCUCCAACCUCCAAAUCGAUCCCGCUCCAGAGUACAGGCCUCGGUGUAACGCUCAUUCCUUCAACUAUAAACGCAAAUUCGACCAUCACCCCUGGUGAGAGAGAACCAUGACUCGUCAGUGAAGAGCACUUUUUGCCAGUCCUGUCUGGACCAGCGACGGUGGGUUUGUGCCCACAGGUGACGUUGUUGCCGGUGAUGUCUGGUGGGGACCUGCCUUUACAACAGGCCUACAAGCCCUCAGUCCAGCCUCUGUCCGCAAUAGGCUGAGAGUCUGAGCACUGAUGGAGGGAUUGUGCGUUCCUGGUGUAACUCGGGCAGUUGUUGUUGCCAUCCAGUACCUGUCCUGCAAGUGUUAUGUUCGGAUGUACCGAUCCUGUGCAGGUGUUGUGGUCUGCCACUGAGAGGACGAUCAGCUGUCUGUCCUGUCUCCCUGUAGCUCUGUCUUAGGCGUCUCACAGUACGGACAUUGUAAUUUAUUGCCCUGGCCACAUCUGCAGUUCUCAUGCCUCCUUGCAGCAUGCGUAAGGCACGUUCACGCAGAUGAGCAGGGACCCUGGGCAUCUUUCUUUUGGUGUUUUUCAGAGUCAGUAGAAAUGCCUCUUUGGUGUCCUAAGUUGUGCUAACUGUGACCUUAAUUGUCUACCGUCUGUAAGCUGUUAGUGUCUUAACGACCGUUCCACAGGUGCAUGUUCAUGAAAUUGUUUAUGGUUCAUUGAACAAGCAUGGGAAAGAGUGUUUAAACAAUGUUUACAAUGAAAAUCUGUGAAGUUAUUUGGAUUUUUACGAAUUAUCUUUGAAAGACCGGCUCCUGAAAAAGGGACGUUUCUUUUUUUGCUGACUUUAUAUAUUUAUACAUUGGCAAUACAAUGGCCUUACUGAAGAGCUCAGUGACUUUCAACAUGAAACCGUCAUAGGGUGCCACCUUUCCAACAAGUCAGUUCGUCAAAUUUCUGUCAUGCCAGAGCUACCUUGUCAACUGUAUUUGCUGUUGUUGUGAAGUGUAAACGUCUAGGAGCAACAAAUGGGUUUCCAUGGCUGAGAAGCCGCACACAAGCCUAAGAUCACCAUGCUCAUUGCCAAGCGUCGGCUGGAGUGGUGUAAAGCUCAUCACCAUUGGACUCUGGAGCAGUGGAAAUGCGUUCUCUGGAGUGAUGAAUCACGCUUCACCAUCUGGCAGUCCGAUGGACAAAUCGGGGAUCGGUGGAUGACAGGGGAACGCUACCUGCCCCAAUGCAUAGUGCCAACUGUAAAGUUUGGUGGAGGAGGAAUAAUGGUCUUGGGCUGUUUUUCAUGGUUCGCGCUAGGCCCCUUAGUUACAGUGAAGGGAACGUUAAGUGUCGGUAAGACACUAACAGCACUAACGUUAACGUUAAGACACUAACAGCUUACAGACGGUAGGCAAUUAAGGUCACAGUUAAUGCUACAGCAUACAAUGACAUUCUAGACUAUUCUGUGCUUCCAACUUUGUGGCAACAGUUUGGGAAAGGCCCUUUCCUGUUUCAGCAUGACAAUGCCUCGGGGCACAAAAUGAGGUCCAUACAGAAAUGGUUUGUCGAUGAAUUGGAACGAACACCGACUGAGAGCCAGGCCUCAUCCCCCAACAUCAGUGCCCGACUUUGCUAAUGCUCUUGUGGCUAAAGGGAAGCAAGUCCCUGCAGCAAUGUUCCAACGUAUAGUGUAAAGCCUUCCCAGAAGAGUGGAGGCUGUUAUAGCAGCAAAGGAGGGACCAACUCCAUAUUAAUGCCCAUGAUUUUGGAAUGAGAUGUGCAACGAGCAGGUGUUCGCAUACUUUUGGUCAUGUCAUGUGUAUAUAUAUAUAUACAUACAGUGCCUUCAGAGAGUAUUCACAACCCCUUAACUUUAUCCAAAUGUUGUUGUGUUACAGCCUGAUUUUAAAAUGGAUAAAGUUUAUAUUUUGUGUCACUGUCCUACACACAAAACCCCAUCAUGUCAAAUUGGAAUUAUGUUUUUAGAAAUGUUUACAAAUUAAAUAAAAAUGUAAAGCUGA